AUGGCUGAUGCAAGGAUAUACAUUAAACAGAAUGGUGUUUCCAACAUUAAAGAAUUUCUCGAGAAAAAACUCGAGGGAUCGAAAGAUGUGAAAAUUCGGUUCGCCAUAACAGGAAAUGGUGGAACAGGGAAAUCGGCAUUUAUCAACGCAAUAAGAGGGUAACACAUUUUAAUUUCUUCUUUUUGGAAAACACUGUUAGGCUGUUUUUCUUUCCGAGGAUUGACUGCAUGUGCGAAGGUUAUAGGUACCUGAAUUAAACUAUAUGUAAAACAGUUAUUUUAAAUCAAUGACCUAUAAUAAAUAAAAUGAGUCCAAAGACAAGAAUAACAUUCUAAUCACUUGUAAGCUGUUUUUAAUAACGUAAAAUUUCACAUACCACAAAUAUACCUAUAAUUUUAACAAACUUCGACCCCCCUGCUUCCUUUUCAACGUUGCGUUCUAUCUUACUUUGAUACCUGUAUAACCCCUACUCCCUUCGUGCACAAGUUUAUAAAAAUUGUUUGUUCAGUUACCAAGGAUAUACAACAUAUCUUAUUGGAUUCUUCUGAGCCCACUAUUGCGAAAUAUUAAGUCGAGACUUCAAUUUUGAGCGAGACCGAAGGUCGAGUCUAAUAUUGAAGUCGAGACUUAAUAUUUUGCCAUACUUGGCGAAGAUGAAUCCAAUAAGAGUUUUAUUAUAACGAACAAAACAAUUCUAUAACAAAAAUUUGUCAAUAAGCGAUGAAGUAAUAUACAGCGAGAAUAAUACAGCGAUAACAUUUAGUACAUUACUACGUAUAUCGGCGGCGAAUUUUUAAAUAACUAAAGGGAGGGGGGUGAAUAGGGGUAUACAAAUCCGCCGAUCCGCCCAAAUUUGAAGCAAAACCCGCGAUCCGACAAUGGUCUUGUCUAAAUAUGGAUCCGCUAAAAGCCCUACUAUGAAGUCACAAUCCAGGAUCCGAACUAAAUUGCAAGCUAAAUCCACAAUCCGAGCCAAAAUAUUAGAUAUAAAUCCGGAAUCCGCUGUAUUAAUAAGAUCUGCAAAUCCGUGUAAUAUAUUCGCCAGAUCCGAAAUCCGAACAUUUUUUUCUGUGAAAUCUGACGAUCCGAAAACCUAUUCACCCCCCCCCCUAGACAAAAAGUUAAUAAAAUUGUUUUUACAAAUAUGUGUGUAUUUAUAUAAACUCAAUUGCAUGUAUGUUUAAAGGAAACUUGACCUAAGUUUACGAAAAAAAUAAUAUUACUAACCUCGAGGCUGUUGCAAACAAAUGAAUUUCGCGAAGACAAGUUUUCCCGCGCUUUUAUAAUUUUAAACAAAACUGGAAGAAAAACUGUAUUAAUGCCCCAAAUUCUUUACAUUAUUCUGCCAUAUCGCUUGUUGUAUGUUUAAAAUUGACAAAACAUCUGAAAAGGGUUGAAAAGGCAUGAAAAAAGCCACGAUUCGCAACUAUCGAAUAGUUUCCAGUCCAAUAUCGUAAAAUAUUGGAUCGGCAAGUGACCCUCUCAACGAUUACCGAUUGGUUAAGUGCGCGUGAGUGUAUAAUAGAGAGCUUUAGAUCUACGACGCGGCCGGCUCAACAACGCGGUCUGAAUUUCAGCUCAAGAAUGAGUGCUAAGCAAUUUUAUUACUGUAAUAAAUGUUUGAAGUUUUUUCAAAUAACAUUACAAACUGCUAAGUUCGACUAAAGCGAUGCUAUGUUUGCUGUAAUUUCGACUUUGAGUAAUACCUCUUGGGAUGCAAUAAGCUUUCACGUUGCAUGAAAGACGUGAUAAUGCUUACUUUAAAGUUGUGCUGAGAAUGGCAAAGCCGUUGAGAAUACCCUUGAGACCACAAAUUAUUCAUAGUUUUUGUCUGGCAUGACAAUUUCUUUUUUUCGCAAGCGCGUCGUUGAGCCGGCCGCAUCGUAGAUCUUAAGUUCGCUAAUAAUAAAACUUAACUCUGUAUGUAAAAAUAUUGUGCACAAAACAUUGCAAAAUUAAAUAAUUUUCAACAUAUACGGUCAUGCUUCAAUUUCUUGUAUAGACUUAGAGAUGAUGAUGGUGGUGCGGCAGAAGUAGGUGUGACUGAAACAACGACAAAGCCGACGGAAUACCAACAUCCUGACAACCCAAUGAUUAGUUUCCUAGAUUUACCUGGGAUCGGUACACCGAACUUUCCAGAUCUUCGAACCUACUGUGAAAAAGUUUCCUUUGAAGAUUACGAUACCUUCCUCAUUUUCACUAAAGGGCGAUUUACAAAAAAUGACUUGGACCUGGCAAAGAAAGUGAAAUCCAUUGGAAAGUCUUUUUUUCUUGUUCGUGCGCACAUCGACGAAGACUGCAAUAGAAGAUCUACUAACGAGUCAGAAAUUUUGAAAGAGAUUAGAGAAAAUUGCGUGAAAAAUGUGAAAGCUUUGAUAUCCAGUGAGGACGAAAUCUUCCUGAUUAGCAACUAUCAUAAAGACAAAUGGGACUUCGAUCGUCUGAUUGCAGCCAUUAGCGACGCCUUGCCCGUUCGUCAAAGAGAGAGUUUGACACUAUCUUUAUCAAAUGUAACACGUGAAUGCUUGAAGAGAAAGGCUAAAAUUCUCAGAGGUAAGGAAAGCUUACAGUACGUUCAAGGUUGAUUUUAAUUUAAAUUGCCUGCAUGUUUAGUUUUUAUAUUGUUCGCAUAGUUUGCAGUACAAAACGAGAGACGACAUCUAAUACUUUCAUGAGAUUUUAAAUAACCAUUUCUCUCCUACAAUAUUAUAAUGGUCAUCAUACUAUAAUGAUCCUUGUCGUUGCAUUUACGUUCUGCUCUUGCUGAUGGAGUUAUGGUUCCUAGCAUCGGUAUUUUAUUGAGAGAAUUUUAUAGCGUUUUAUUUCUCAAAUAUUGAUAUAUAGUUCAAGCUGUUGCAGUGGCGACCAUUUCAGCGGGGGCUGGUGCUAUUCCAAUCCCUUGCGUGGGAGGUGUUAUUGGCACGAUACUUAUAACAGGAACAAUGAUGGUCUAUUACAGGCAACUAGGCCUCAACAACACAACAGCCGAAGAACGUGCCUUGUUGGAUGAAAAAUACAGGGGAAUUAUUGAAAGAUAUCAGUCCAGAUCACCCAAUGACGUUGUUUCAAUAUUAUCGACCAAAGCAUUAACGGUAAUUGUUGGAGUUGAAGAAGUUUCCAAGUAUAUACCAUUAAUAGGAUUAGCCAUCGCAAGCAGCAUAGGGUUUGCUUUGACAUUGCGUUACCUUUUAAAAUGCAUAAACGAACUGGAAGAAGCUGCCAUAGCUGUCUGGGAUAACGCCGCGAAACGAUCAAUUCAGGAUGGUUCAGACACAAGCACAAAGAAUUCAUCGGCACAGUGA